AUGGGUUUACAUGAUUUAUUCAGUGAAUGACGUGGGCUCCCUGCUUUAACGCAGCCUCUGAGGAAUAACUGUCAAAGUUUGCAUUAGCCUGUGAGUUUUGUCUUGUCAUGGGAAAUUAGAUUGUCAGUGUGUGAUGGCUUUAGAUGAAAUCUCUUGCUGGUUUUCAUUCCUUCGUUAAUUUCAGGUAAUUUAUCUGUCAUGUGUGGGUUUAAAAUCCUGACGACUGAAGCAGGUGUUGUGCAGUGCACAUCCCGAUUAUGGGAGUUCUGCGCGGAUUAUCUUCCCGAUAUUCUGAUUCCUGAUAUUCUGAGAGAAUCCCAGUGAAGAGAAGGGAAAAAAAAUGGUACAUACAUUUCUCAGUCACGUGCCCGUGCUCUUCAAAAGCUGUAAUGCUUUACGAAAUUGGCAGCUGGUGGUAGUGGAAGUUAAUAGAAGAAGCAAAUAACUUAAUUGAAGAUGUUUCAUAAUUAGUAUGUUGUAACUUCUGAGUGCUAUGUCUGUGUAGGGUGUUGCUGAAUUUAAUGUCUUAAUUCCUGCUGUUUGAUAGUGGUUUAGUCUAACAUCUGAUAUAAAAUUUUGUUCAUUUGGCCUUGAAAUUGACAGUAAGUGUUUAAUGGCACUUAUUUUGGAAAAGAAAACCACAGCAAACCUUGUGCUUGCUGGGGUACCUGCCAUUGUUAAACCUUUCUUUCCUUUUCAAAAGUGGAGAAAAUACACUUAAAGGAGGAAUUUUCUUUUUUUCCUAAAGAAAACUUUCCUAGUGGAAGCCCGGGAAGAUGGGCAGUUGGGGUAAGGAUGAGAAAUAAAAGAAGAGGAUGAGAGGCUUCCCUUGCAUUUCUCCUCUUGAUGACGGAAGAUCACAGCAAAAGGGUGUGCAGCGUACAGCUGUAGUGGGUGCUUUUCCUUUGAGGUUUAGAGCUUUAACCUGCGGUGGAACCUGAAGGAACGGUAGCUGUGGACCCUGUACUUGGUUGUUGUUACGAAGUCAGAUUCUUCAUCUCACAGCUUGAGCAGGUGAUCUCCUUUGCAGAGUUUUCAGGAUGACAGAAUGGUAUCUGAGUUGGAAGAAAUUCCAUCUCUUAAGAUAGGGUGCUAAUGCUCUGUUAAAUGUUGUAUUUCUGUAUUUGGUCAAACGGCCUUUGCAAAUUAUAUUGUGAUCUUUAGUCUUCCAGAGGACGCUUUUAAUUUCAGGAAGAUGUUCUAUUAUAUUCUCUUUAUGGUUCUCUAAAGAAAACUCUAAAAACUCCUUUGUUGCCCUUAGCUAAAUUAUAUACCUGUAGACAUACUGCUGGGGGAAUUCUUUGCAAGUCCGUAUUCCUUACUUUGCUGCCAGUUAAAUGCUCCUUGUUGUUUAAAAUGCAGGUUUCUUCUAAUGUCUGUGAUAGCUUUGUUAAAAUUAUUUUAAACGUGCUAAUAUUCCUUAAAAGAUCCCUAGAUCAUUUUUUAUAGCAACAGGUUUAGUCCGUUCAAGUAAAGAGAGCAGUUCACGCUCAGAACUAAAAGGUACUUGUGUUAGCUGAGAACACUUCAGAUGUUUCGUGGCUAACAUUGAUAAACAACUCAUUAAAAGCAAGUUGAACAGUAAUUCAAGACUUUCGCAGUUAUCAUUAGUCUCGGUGCGAGUUCCUGCACUGCUCUCUGGAAGCCUUCUCAGCGGUGCUCCUGUGACCACGUCGAAAAGUUUGGCCGGCGCUUCAGCCCGCUUGACCAGGGUGGGUUGGCAAGGUGCGGGACGCCGCCUGCCAAGUCCGUAUCCCUCCUGACCUACCACCAAGGUUGCGCCCGCCAGGACUGUCAUCCUUGACAGAGGAUCUUUGUCAGAACGCUGCUACCGAUCCACCAACUAUGAGUGCUAAAUUGGAAGAAUUGAUCGUUAUUUCUGAUGUGAAGACUUCAUCACUGGCAUCUAUGUUCGUUUGUCAGCGUCCAAGCACAGCUCAUCAGUGGCUGUAACUGCUUUUGAUAUACACUGACAUUUGUUUGAAAACAAGAGGAAAAACAUCCAAAAAAAGCCCAACAACAACAACAAAAAAAACAGACAAAACCCAACAAACCUUUUGAAGACUUGUGUCAAAUGACGUCAAUGGCCAGUUUGUUCUCCUUUACUAGCCCAGCUGUAAAGCGUCUGUUGGGCUGGAAACAAGGAGAUGAAGAAGAAAAAUGGGCAGAAAAAGCUGUUGAUGCUUUGGUAAAAAAGCUGAAAAAGAAAAAGGGUGCUAUGGAAGAACUGGAGAAAGCCUUGAGCAGUCCAGGACAGCCCAGCAAGUGUGUUACUAUCCCCCGUUCUUUAGAUGGACGACUUCAAGUUUCUCACAGAAAAGGCCUUCCCCAUGUAAUUUACUGUCGUGUUUGGCGUUGGCCUGAUCUCCAAAGCCAUCAUGAGCUGAAGCCAUUGGAUAUUUGUGAAUUUCCUUUUGGAUCUAAACAGAAGGAAGUCUGCAUCAAUCCAUACCACUAUAAGAGGGUGGAGAGCCCAGUUCUACCUCCAGUGUUAGUGCCUAGACAUAGUGAAUUCAAUCCACAGCACAGCCUACUAGUUCAGUUCAGGAACCUAAGCCACAACGAACCACAUAUGCCACAUAAUGCGACAUUUCCAGAUUCUUUCCAGCAACCCAACAGCACUCCAUUUUCCAUUUCGCCAAACAGUCCCUAUCCACCUUCUCCAGCCAGCAGCACUUACCCAAGCUCCCCAGCUAGCUCUGGACCAUCUAGUCCGUUUCAGCUACCAGCUGAUACUCCACCUCCUGCAUAUAUGCCCCCUGAUGAUCAGAUGGGGCAGGAUAACUCUCAGUCUAUGGACACAAGCAAUACAAUGAUCCCUCAGAUCAUGCCAAAUAUAUCUACCAGAGAUGUUCAGCCUGUUGCCUAUGAAGAACCCAAACACUGGUGUUCGAUCGUGUAUUACGAAUUAAAUAAUCGUGUUGGAGAGGCUUUUCAUGCAUCUUCUACAAGUGUCUUAGUAGAUGGGUUUACAGAUCCCUCCAAUAAUAAAAACAGGUUCUGCUUAGGUUUGCUCUCAAAUGUUAAUCGCAACUCAACAAUUGAGAACACUAGACGACAUAUUGGGAAAGGUGUUCAUCUCUACUAUGUUGGUGGGGAAGUCUAUGCUGAGUGUUUAAGCGAUAGCAGCAUAUUUGUACAGAGCAGGAACUGCAACUACCACCACGGCUUUCAUCCAACAACUGUAUGCAAGAUUCCUAGUGGAUGCAGUCUGAAAAUUUUUAACAAUCAGGAGUUUGCUCAGCUUUUAGCUCAGUCUGUCAACCACGGAUUUGAAGCAGUGUAUGAACUCACCAAAAUGUGCACCAUUCGAAUGAGUUUUGUGAAGGGCUGGGGAGCUGAAUAUCAUCGACAAGAUGUCACGAGCACCCCAUGCUGGAUAGAAAUUCAUCUUCAUGGGCCCCUCCAGUGGCUGGAUAAAGUACUUACACAAAUGGGUUCUCCUCUUAAUCCCAUCUCAUCUGUUUCAUAGUGCUGAAAUUCUAUCUUCAGCAUUAUUUUUAGUGAACUUGCUCCAACUCUAGAGAAACUUCCAGUAUGGAUACUGUGAGCUGUAUGGAGAAUGGAUCUUACGGUUUAACUUUUUUUUUUUUAAAUCCCUUUGUGACCAAUUCCAUUGUGUAUAGCUGAUCAGUUUUACAUUUCAAUUUGUUCUUGUGAUGCUUAAGUGACAGUUGAGCCCUAAGGGAAAAAAGUCUAUUGAAAAAUUCAGAACACUUUUCCCCUACUUGGAGUAGAACUUAAACAGGCAUAUGUCUUAACUGGAAAUUUUUUUUUCUCUUUGUCCUGUAGGGACAAGAAUUAUGAAGACUGACUUCAGAAAAAUAAAUACAUAUCAUAGUUUGGGAUUUUUUUUAAACGUUUAUAAAACUGUUUGAACAUGUGCAGCUCCAGCUUGCAAGCUGUAUUUUUAGUGUAGUUGCUUAACAAAUUAAGGUUGACAUCUGUCAUAAGCAAAAUUAGACUAUUAUGGCUAAUUUGCCUCAGAUUGAACAAUGAUUUUUUUAAGUGUACACAUGAAAUAUACUUUUUACAAAUAUUGGAGUGGUGUAAAAACACUUGUCUAUUGGAAAAUGCUGUCAUAAACACACUGUAUAUUAAUGCAGAGUAGCAGUUCUUAGCCUUUUCCCACUUCAGUUUUGUAAUAUUGCUUUUAACCACCAUUUUAAAUAGUAAUUGAUACAAGAUAAACAUCUUGCACGUUUCUGGAGUAGUAAUUCUUGUUUUGCUUUGAUUUACACUCAUGCCGUUUGGAUGUGGUUGCCAAGGCCUAUUUCUUUUUAGGUACCUUUCUCUAUUUUAACAUAAACACUACAAUUUGUAAAUGGCAGUGCUUACUACUUUUUUGAAGGAAUAAGUUUUUUGUUUUCUUUUCGGUGUUCUAGCUGUUUAUUUUACCUGUCUGGAAUUGAUCUGUGUUAAGCUUUUUAAUCUCUCGGUAGACAUUAUGCAGUAUUAGUGAUUACACUAUUUAAUUCACUUUCAGUAUGAGUUUGAGUCUCUUUGAAGACUGUGAGUGGCUUAGCAAAUCAGUAACUGAAUGCAGAAGCUUUUGCUUCCAGAUCACGUAAUUUAAUACAGACCUGUUGGUAAUGACCAAAAGUAAUCACUUCUUUGUAGCCUACAUGAAAAGUGGUCUUGAGCCUGACCUUAAAGGCAGGUGUUCAGUCAGAAGGCUCAAAACUGUAAUUGGCAGCUUUAUGGAAUUCAAGGACUGCAUUAAUAUGAUGAUGAAAUUUCUCUGUCAUGUAAGGAAUCCUGUUGCCUGUACUGUUGUAUUACUCAAUUUAAACACUGUGCUAAACACUAAAAGAAAUCAGUUAAGUAACAUAUGCAUAGUUUUCCCCUUUAAAAUAAUUAAAAAAAAAAAUGAGGUUGAAAGAAACAUUCUAAGAGAAUUAGAAGUUAAUUAUGUACAAAAUGCCUUUGCAUGCAGAACUCCUCAUUUUCUUUUUUACUCUUUCCCUAACUCCUCUUCAGGAAAGAGUUCAGUGUUUGGGGGAGAGACUGAAAACUUUAAAAAUGCAAAUACUCACUAAAAGAUGCGCUGCAGUUAACUACUGCAAUCCUGAGACAUCGAUUGCUUACACAAGUUCUUUUGUCUUCUAUUGAAUGUCAGUUUCUGCUCAAAUGUGGAAAUCAUGCAUCAUAUGGUACCUAAGUAACAGAUCAUCUUAAAGGAAUAAAGUUGUUUACGUGUCAUUAAAAUGUUUCUUAUGAAAUGCCUUAAAGGAAUAAAGAUAAACUGUAACACUUCUGCAGAACCCUAAUGUUCUCUUGUACAGGAAUUUCUAUAUUACUUGGUGUUUUUGCUCUUUUUUUUUUAAAGCAGUUUCUCCAGUGUGUUUAAAAGCAGACAAGUGCAUCCUCAGGAGAAGGGGAAAAAAAUCAAACAAUAUUUGCCACUCAUCUUUGGGGCCUUCUCUUUCAUUCUUCGGGAUUGCAGCCCGCAGAUGGUUCUGCUGAUUGAAUAAGAUGCGAAGUCAGUUGGCCACAGGAUCAGACUUGCAUUUUCCACUCCCCAGACCUGGCUUUUGUCAAGUUGCCGAAUAUGUAUAUCUGACACUACAGAUUUUUUUUUUUUCUGGAUUAGCUUUUAUAAUAAAUGUCAUGGCACGUUGGAUUAAGGAAAGAUCUCAGUUGUAGGUACAAGAUCUUGCUUUAUCCAAAAUGUUUUUCACCUGGCUUCAUCUCUGUUCACUUCUUUGGAUGUGGCCAACUAAAUGAGUCAAGAAUGGGUGCUGAAGUGGGAGUUUGUGAGUCAGAGCUGCUGCUUAGUGCUAGUGUUGUGGUUAGAUUGGCUACCCAUGCAAUGAACCAUAAUUUCUGCAAUACUCUCUAGUUAACCCACUUCUGAUGCUGUCAUUAAGUGCUAAAGUACUCUGGCGUUUCUGUGCUUGUGUACAUAUUCGUGAUCUGUAAUAUAUGCAGUGCUGGGGAUAUCCUUGUGGCUGCUGAUUUUGCCAGGGCAGGCUUGCAAGGGCAGACCAACAAAGAUUUGCCUGUAUUCUGCUUCUCUGUUCCUUUUAAGUAGGACUUUUUUGAGAGCUUCUCUUAGCAAAUUGUGUGCGCUACUGGUUCAUGGCGGUCCUAAUCCUGCUUAGUUUAUGCUGCUGAUACAAAAUUCAGGUAUCAGUGCAUGGAUGGGUUGGAUGAGAACUGGGUGACACUAAUUAUGUUUCAAGUGCAGUGAUAGCAGAGUUGCUGCUUCUCUUGCAGCGUACUUGUGUAUAAGUCACUCAUCCUAGAUGGAGAAAUUGAAUGAGCCAGUAGUGUGGUAGUGGAAGAUGGGGCCUUUCCAGUAUAACCCAGCUUAGACUGAACGUUACUCUUCAGUCAAAACUCUUUUGGCUUUUGUAAGUGUAAGUAUUUUCUCCUUUUGGGUCAUGUUUCUACUUUACAGCCAACCACAGCAUUAAUUAACAGCUUUGGCAAUACCAGUAAAGAGCCUGAAACAGGCAUAUGCUGAAGUUUUCAGGGUUUGCUUCUAUAGUCACUAAGAUAAGAUAGUAGCUUGGAUAUUCCUUCUCUAAGAACUUCAGUCUUGCUGGCAGUCAAUCCAGUGCCUUGUGUAAGUAUUACAUUAAUUUAAUUGCGUUAGGCAUGAAGCAGUUAUACACGAAGAGUUGACAUUGGGUUAUAAAAUCUGUAGGACCAAAGGAAACCAAAAUGAAACUUCUAGUGUGGCUGACCGAUGAGAGACAAGCCUAACAAAACAGCCCUUUAGUCAAAACAGUGAUGAAACAGCCUACACAUCACGAUUCAGUGUGGAACUGUUUAAAAUAUUGGAAUUCUUCUGGAUUUUGCCUGAAGCUAUGACUUUUUUUUUUCCCCACAGUAUUACAGUGUGAAAGUUGUCAGUUCUUGGACAGCUACUCUUGUAGUGGAAGUCUAGACAAACACUGAAAUGUGUCAAGCUUUUUUCUUUAGUUUAAAAUAUUUUUUUCCAGUGUAUUGUUUUAGUUGCCCAAAGUGUUGCUAGUGAUGGUCUUUAGAGAAACCAACAAAACAUUUGCUAAAUGUUUUGCAUCAAAAGACAAAAAUGUGACUAACUUCUUGUAGUUGCGAAGUUUCUGUUUAGGAAGGAAACCCAUUCUGAAUUGAAAUCAGUAGACCAAACCAUCAGAUUACAACAUAAAUUUGCUUUAUUGUGCUGCUCCAUAAACCUGCUUCUGUGUUUGUUGCAAGCAUAACCUUUAUGCUUUUGUUUACAUUGUAGGAAACACAGUUCUAGCAAUGAGUUUUUCAUUUAACUCUAAACAUCUUUUUAUUUUGUUAAUUUUAAAAUUACUAGGUUUUGCUAUGUUAUGUUUUAAAGAUAUUUUUUGCAUACUGCUGCUCAUAUUUCAAUAAACAAA